GGCAUGGUAGGCAGGUACCGUUUAGGUACGUCCCUGCCACUGUAACUCGCCAAACUUUCCUGUCACGUCUUCCACCAGCUGUCCGUUUGAAGCUGAAGAUACCUUCUCCAAACCUUCAAUUUCCCCACGAAAAUCAUAGCAAAAUCCUCCUUUUUCUCUCCUCCUCCCCCCGCCCUACGUCGGUCUCUCGCUGUCAUCAUCACGACCCCUCCGACGGCCCGCCUGCUGCCUUCUCUCUUCACCGGCUGCGCCAUUCAAUCCCAAGCCAGCACCUUAACUCACUUGGCGGUCCUCCUUUCAACCCCGCCAUAUCCUGUCAACAUCAACGCCUUGCCACCAACACCUGCGAUUUCUACUCCUCGCUCUUCGAUCGGCCGACGACACCUUGCCGCAAAAUAUCCUCAUUCGCCGAUCUCCAGUACUGGAACUAUAGCACGGGCUCCCGAGUUGCUGCGAGUCUUUCGAGAUGCCAUGUGAGUCUCACCCUGUGCGAUUAGGAGCAGGCUUGGCCCAGAGUCAGUCUGGUUCAGGGUUCAGCAUGGAAUUGUAUAGCUUGCAAUAUAUGCUGCAGCAACCAAAAGCUUCCCAGUGUGAUUGACGCAGCUUGUGCGAGCUCAAUCGUUCAUGGGGAAGCUUCCAGGCCAUGUGCAAAGUCAAUUGCAGUCUUGGCUUUGUAGAUUGGUCACCCCAACAGCUGCUCAUCGUAAAGAAGAUCACACCACGAUGAAUAACUAUUCUCCGUCGCUUUGCUUCUGCGAUAUCCUCAUAGUUUAGUUUUUGUAGCUUGUGCUAACUCUCAAAUCAGUCCUUUUUGAGGAUUCCUGGAUUAAUGACCAGGUUUCGUAUGUGCCAUGCGACUUACUCUCGCAAACAUAUUCGCGCUAACAGAAAGCAAUAUAGCACCCACGACAUCUCCGAGCUCGAAGGAUGCGCCAUCGCUGUUGAUGCAACCUAUUACCUGAGCCAGCUUCUCGAAACCCCUCCUGCCCAUGAACCUCUGUUGUCAGCUCUCGGUGGCCUUACUGGGGUCGAAGCACAUAUAAACCAGAACCUCGAUCUCUGGGCAAAGUCCGAGAUUGUCCCUUUCUUCGUUUUCGAUGGCCAGCCCGUAACCGGCCAGGAUGACAUCACUCUGGAUCGUGGCCUCAAGGCCAACAAGAAGACAGAUGAGGCCUGGAACUUGUACUCUCAGGGGGCCGCUGAGGAGGCGGUGACGACCUUCGGUACUAGCCCAGGUUGGUGAACAUUGGCUCUCAAUUUCAGGAACCGACCUAACGUGAGGUCAUGAUAGGUGCCUUUCGCAUUCAAAAUCUUUACCCGUUGCUUCAAACGGUUCUGAAGAACCGUGGACUUCACUUCUUGGUUGCGCCCUACACUGCGUGCGCCCAGCUCGCCUAUUUCGAGAUGAUCGACUCAGACCAAUGCUCGGGUGUGAUGGGCUCUCAGGAACUUCUUCUAUACCCUGUCAAGGAUUCUGUCAUUCGGGCAUUCGAUUGGGAAGCCAAGACCGUUUCUGCUAUUUCGAAGAAGAAGGUUAUGCGCAGUCUCACACCCACUGCAAGUGAGCCAAGGUUCAUUGACUCGUUUCUCAUGGCCGGUACAUCGUUCCUGCCUCCAUUCCCUGCUCUUCUGGAAAGCUCUAUAUACUCGGACUACAAUAUUUCGACUGCCGCCAACUUGCUGAGGACUGCAGAAAACAGUGUCGCAACUGCUUGCGCCAGCUUCAACGAUAUACUCCAAAGCAAGGACUCUGGUUGGCUCGACAAGUAUCGCAAGGCAAGAAUGGUUGUCCACCACUUCGUUUACAUCGCUGAGAGUGGCGAAAUCCGUGUAAACGACUAUGAGCACUUGACCAGUGACAACCAUGAAUACCUCGGCCUCCAGCUGCCAGCUGAACUAUUCCAUUAUCUCAACACCGGCUUGAUUGGGCCCCGUCUACUGGGCAACAUCACCCACGGUCAAGUUCUCAUUCAGCCAACCUUGGACGGAGUUGCCUCGGACGAAUACAAAAAGCUCAUCACUGACAGAAUAGUGCCCAUUAAAGAGCAGGCCCUUUCUCUGUUGAUCCCCAGACUUCACCGAGGUAUCCAGCACAAAAAUAUCAAAGUUCGCGUCUGGUUUGACCCCAAAUAUUCUUACACGAUCAACCACCGCUCUGUCAACCCUCCUCCCUCCCAGAGGGUUGCCAGCUGGAGUGUCAAGGAUGAGGAUCUUCGUGCAUUCUUCCCUGAUGAUUUCGCGGGCCCCGUGUCGCUGGAAGUUUUGUCACUUGUUAACUCCGACUUUGUGGCUAAGACAUUCCCCAAGGAGAGGCCCAUAAAGGGAAUCGACAGCACAGAUAUGGUGACUUCGGUGGCCAUCUGGCGAUUCCUCCACCUGAGAGGAUACGCCAAUGAUGAGCACAAACUUACACCGUGGGGUAAUGCCUUGGCCAAUACUCUUCUGAUUCUCCAGGACGCCAAGGAGAACCAUCCUGAGGUGACUGGUCUGCCAGAAGCAGCCCUGGUUGCAUUUGAACUCAUCCGAAACGGACUUUUGACAGGGAAGCACACUGAAGGCCAAGCUGGCCUGCCCCGGAAAGGUUCUUAUGACGAAAAGGCAACUCUUGUGCUGAUCAGCGAGUGCGCUUCCUUGUUGAAGCUUCGGCACCAGGUUUAUGGAUACACUGGUCCGCUUAACAAAAACCUGCUCAGCUUCUGGUCCCUGGCAUCAGCAGUGAGAGAAGCUGAUCGAGAUCUGGUUGAGGCGAUUGUGGCUUCGAUGUUCUUGUAUGGACAGUCGAAGCGUGAAAGGGAUGAUCAAUUGGAAAUCAGUCGACGGCUACCUUUCCAUCAAGAGCCCGAUAUCGGCCUCGGCAUUGCUGUGCGGACCUUCUUCGAUGACGAUGAAGCUGGAGGGGACCAGGAGGCUCGCUUACAGCGGCUGGAAGAGUUCCCUAAGACAUUCGUGCCAUAUGCCGAGUCACUAACUAAGGACUUCCGUGUUGUGCGUGACUUUAUCGAUGCACUCGUUAAGGGCGUUAAAAUGCUGGGUACGGACGAGCUACGGGCGGAAGAUAAGGAUGCAUGGACCAAGGCUCAGGCAUACCUCGAGGCGCGACCUUUCUAGAGCAUGGCCGAGGCUUGAGGCAUAUAUAUGGCAAAUGUUACAUUAGUGGUCUUUGAGUGUGACCCAUUUGGUCACAAACCGUCUUGCAGACUUAGCGGCGUUGGCGCGGGCGGCAUAAAAAGUCAGGGACAUAAAAGUUAUCACAUUAGCAGACGUGUCGGAGGAGUUGCCAGCAGGACUUGUGGGGAUGGGUUGAUGUCAAGUGAGGAGGUGGUGCUGGAGUGCAUGGCAACACGUCCCCAGCCAGGCGGCUCCAGAGGUCGUUGGACGAAGCAUUUAAGAUCCUAGUAGAUAUAGCCAGGUUGGUGAUAUCCAACAUGCGUACUAUAUCCAGUCAGGAAAGCUGCUUUCACACACAAUUCAACACGAAAAAAAAAAGAAAAAAGUCAGACUACACAUCCAGUGGCUUCUUUAGGGUCUUGUAAGUGACUAGCGAUUAUAUUGAUAUGAGCGGAGUAGCUCUCCAGUCUACAUUGGAUAUAAGAUAUCAUUACCAUACCACCACCAACGCCUCUCGACAGCUCCCUUAAGAAAGGGUCAGUACCAUAGGCCCAGCCACAGUAAUGUCAUCUGACAAAACGCCCUCCAAAGGUCCAGCACUGGUCAAGGUCACGUAGACAACGCCCGCAGCUCCUUGGGGAACUUCGCAGCCCUCUCCCUCAGUGAAGGUAGUGAAUUUGGUUCCACCAGGAAGCUGACCUCCAGAAGUAAAACCACAGUGCGUGGCUCCAGCGGCAGCCUCGGAAGCAAGCUUCACUUUAGUUCCAAUGGCUACAGCCUUGACGUCCUGGCCCUCUGCCAUAGCGAGAGUGGGGAACGCUUCGAUCUUGAGGUUAGAACCCUCAGGGCAUUCCGUGAUGAAGGGUGCGGCGAGUGAGAAAACUGCCCGGGGUCCAAGGGCGGUAUCGAGAGGUUGAGGAACUGCCUUUGCCUGAGAAAAUAUCCUGAUGGCGGUUUGAUGCCGUGCUUCAACAGUAAGAAUUGCGCCAGCGGUGCCGAGGAUAGCAGGGUCAGAGAGCAGUGGCGCUGCACCCAGGUAGGCCGAGACACCAACACUCUCGAGAAUAGCAGCUGUUGCAACCAUGGCAGCUGGGUCGGCUGUUGCGCCUUUGAAGUCGUAUUUACACUCUUGGACAGGUGUGAUGCCAUUACCUGCGAGGGCAGACUGAAGGAGGACUACGUGAGCAGCCUCGGUUUUGCCAAUGGCCUUGAUGUCGUCAAGGGUUUGUGUUGAGAGGCCGAGAGGGGCGAAGGCUUCGUCGGAGAGGGUUAGAAAAGCCUCGCGGUAGAAGGUAUCCUCAAGAUGCUCCAGUGUCA